CUCCUUUCUUCUUCCUCCUUUUUUGGCUCUGUAUUUUCAAUUUCCUCAAUAUACUCAAUUUCCUUCCAACCCCUGGAUGGGCUUGCAAUUCUAAUCUUCAGCAACGCUAAUUUAUCUAUUAUAUUUGUAACAACGCAGCAAUCCUGUUCUUUUUUCUGAAAAAGCCAGACUCCGUAGAAACAAUUCUCCUUAUUUUGAAACGGGAAUUUCCCUCAUCCCUUUCGCCCCCUAGUCCAUUCCUUUCACGAUUAUCUUUAUAUUUAUUACCCUCUUUUGGCAACGCACCUCACCCUGUGCUGGGCACUACCCGACAUCUAACUUAUUUUCUCUAGCAGGCUGCAACAAAAUAGAGGUAUCGACUACGCAAGCAGCUUUUUUUCUAAAAAAACUUUAUAAACAGCAAAAUCGGCCGUAGAAACAGCCGUUGCAUAUUUAGAGUAGGCCAUUUAUUUAAUAUUGGAAUAGCCAUAUGAUGUCAGCCAACACGUCAUCGUCAGCACGGUCUUCGGCGAGCAGCAGCACAGAGCACGCCAUCGGCGCCUCCGAGAAGCAAGGCGGCUUCAACCCCAUUGCUCCCUCGGCACCGUUUGCCAAUCGGGCCGGGCGUCCGGCGUCAGAGAUAUUUUUUGCCAACGCGCAGCACCCCCUGCCCAAGGCCAAGCACAUUGACCGGUGGUUCGAGAGUCUGUCACAGUUCGAGGAGAUGCUUGAGGACAUGGCCAAGGUCAGCCUGGACCCCGUGUUCAAGGACGAGCUCAACGCCAUUGACCAGUGGUUCUCUGUGCUCACCGAGCCCGAGCGCACGUCGGCGCUCUACUCGCUCAUGCAGCACUGCUCGGACCUGCAAGUGCGCUUUUUCAUCACCAUCCUGCAGCAGAUGCUUAAGAUGGAUUCUGAGCCGCAGGCCGAGGCUGCCAUUGAGAGCACUGAGAGACACUCGAUUGCCGUGCAGGGCGGGUACACCAAGCAGCUCGGACAGUCGCAAUUGGGGCAACCGCAGGGCAUGCGCAUGAGCUACGACAGUGCCGGACACGCGCGUAGCGGUCUGGGCGUUCUGCAGGGCGCGACGGCCGGCGGCUUUGUUGAGUCGCCGAGGCGCACCAGCGGGUUUGGUGAGGCACCCCGGCGUGUUGGCGGGUUUGUCGACUCGCAGGGGCGGCCCAAGAGCUCGAGCCAGGAUGCUGAGGCUAGCUGGCGUGCCAGCCGCGAUGUUGGCGGUCAGAUUGGCGAUCCUAUUGGUGCUGUUGGAUCGCGGCGCGGCAGCGGGGCGCUGGGCGCGCACCAGACGCCGCGCGCCAGUGUUGAUAUGGAGCCGAAGGACUUUCGGUGGUCAUCGCUUACCGAGACCAUGGAGCCGUUCGAGAACAUUGGGGGUGAUACCAAUGCAUCGGCUCUGACGCACAUGCUUGAGGCCAAUAUGCAUCGUUCCAGCGGAAUUGCCGCGCGCCGCUCCGUCAGCAACCGCCUCAGCAUUGCUGUCAAGUCGCCGCGCGAAACCAUGCAGGCACAGCUCCCGCAGCAGCAGCAGCAGCACCAUCAACUGGCAACCACUCUGUCACAGAUGGCCUUGUCCUCUUCCUACCAGGCUCCCCAGCAACAGCAGCAGCGCCCGCCUUAUGCCGCUGGCUUGAUGAGCGGGUCACCGCAGCUGCUGCCGCACCAUGCCCCGGGCUAUGGUGCCCGCAUGCUGCCACCAGGCUACCACAGCAACACCGGCAGUGCGGCCAACUCGACAGCCACCACGCCUGUGCGUGCCGGCUUCCCACGCACAGUCACCAAUGCGUCGCAGUCACCGGCUGCACUUAAGCCGCAGCCGGACGCGCCUGUCGACCUCAGCCUUGUGCGCGACAUCCCUGCGUGGCUGCGCAGCCUUCGUCUGCAUAAAUACACUGAGAGCUUUGCCGAUAUGCCAUGGACCGAGGUGGUUGCUCUCAACGACGAGCAGCUGCAGGCUAAGGGAGUUGCUGCGCUGGGCGCCCGCCGCAAGAUGUUGAAGGUUUUUGAGGCCGUCGCUAUCGAGCUCGAGAAGGGCAACACUGUGUAAUUUAACCAUCGGCACUCCAUCCAUUCACCCAUUUAUCCAUUUACUCAUUCAUAUAUCAUUAUCUUUAUUCUAUAUUUAUUUACAACUCUGUGUAUGUCUGUCUUUAUAUCCGCAUUUCUGUCAAUGUGGCCACAUCCAAUGCCAUACAAUGUUAUGAGUUCGAUAUAUGGUAAAUAUCGAC